AAAACAAAACGAACCCCACCCUGCUCAUUCUCUGUUGUCGCGCAGACGAGAACCGUGAAAACGAAAAACUCUUCUUUUUGUUUGUGUGUCUGCGUAUGGUUAUUUGUCGCGCCCACCCGCAUUCUUCUUCUUAAGGGAAUCCGAACCGCAACAGCGAGGCGUGUGGUGGUGGUGAUGGUAGGAACGACGGAAAGAAGAAACCCGGAUGUGGCGCAUGCGCUAACGCCGCCUGUCUGGACGUGUCUGCAGCACCACCAGCACUACCACCAAGACCAGCACCACCAACACCACGACGUAGGCAGUGGCAGUUGUCGUCGGUUGGAACCUUCUUCCCUCCUCGCGCCUGAGGCCCUUUGCGCGCGCGCACAGUGUCAGGCUCGCGCCGUCCUGCUGCGGCGCCCCUUCUCCCCCGUCUCUCUCCGGGCCGCUGAGGAGGCGGGAAGGCGAAGGGAGAGAGCGAGAGGGGCGCCCAAGGAGGAGGGUUAGGGGCGCCCAGGCCCCUCACAAGGCAGGCCGCGGCGGCGCUGCUGCUGCUGUUGCCCGACACGGGGUCCCGACUGAGGUCCAGGUGUCGAGACUGUCCUUGACCCACCCACUGGCUGGCAGGCAUAUUUGGUCUGGAAGUAAAAACUGUACCAAAUGGACAAUAUGUCUAUUACUAACACGCCAACAAGUAAUGACGCUUGUCUGAGCAUUGUCCACAGUUUGAUGUGCCAUCGACAAGGAGGGGAGAGUGAAACAUUUGCAAAGCGAGCAAUUGAAAGCUUAGUAAAAAAACUGAAGGAGAAAAAAGAUGAAUUGGAUUCUUUGAUUACAGCUAUAACUACAAAUGGAGCUCAUCCUAGCAAGUGUGUUACAAUUCAGAGAACCUUGGAUGGAAGGCUGCAGGUCGCUGGUCGUAAGGGUUUUCCUCAUGUAAUUUAUGCACGGUUAUGGAGAUGGCCUGAUCUUCACAAAAAUGAACUCAAGCAUGUCAAAUAUUGCCAGUAUGCUUUUGACUUGAAGUGUGAUAGUGUCUGUGUGAAUCCGUAUCAUUAUGAGCGUGUUGUGUCGCCUGGUAUUGAUCUUUCAGGAUUGACACUUCAGAGUUCUGCACCCUCAAACAUGUUGGUGAAAGAUGAAUAUGUUCAUGAAUUUGAGGGGCAGCCAUCGCUCUCAACUACUGACGGCCAUUCAGUUCAGACGAUCCAACAUCCGCCAAGUAAUAGGGCAUCUACUGAAACCUAUAGCACCCCAGCCAUGUUAGCUCCUUCUGAGUCUAGCACUACCAGCACCACCAACUUCCCCAACAUUCCUGUCGCUUCCACAAGUCAACCCACCAGUAUGUUGCCAGGUAGCCACAGUGAUGGACUCUUACAGAUUGUUUCAGGGCCUCAGCCAGGGACACAGCAGAAUGGCUUUACAGCUCAGCCAGCUACUUACCACCACAAUAGUACAACAACUUGGACUGGGAGUCGAACUGCAGCCUACACACCUACCAUCCCUCAUCAUCAGAAUGGACACCUUCAACAUCAUCCACCUAUGUCCCAUCCUGGACAUUACUGGCCAGUUCAUAAUGAACUUGCAUUCCAGCCACCUAUCUCAAAUCACCCUGCUCCAGAAUACUGGUGUUCAAUUGCCUAUUUUGAGAUGGAUGUGCAAGUUGGCGAAACAUUCAAAGUACCUUCAAGCUGCCCAAUUGUUACUGUUGAUGGGUAUGUGGACCCUUCAGGUGGGGACCGCUUUUGCCUUGGUCAGCUUUCCAACGUUCACAGAACAGAAGCCAUUGAGAGAGCAAGGUUGCAUAUAGGUAAAGGUGUACAGCUGGAAUGCAAAGGUGAAGGAGAUGUCUGGGUUCGGUGCCUCAGUGAUCAUGCGGUCUUUGUUCAGAGUUACUACCUAGAUCGGGAAGCAGGACGGGCGCCAGGCGAUGCAGUCCACAAAAUUUAUCCAAGUGCAUAUAUAAAGGUGUUCGAUUUACGUCAGUGUCAUCGUCAGAUGCAACAGCAGGCUGCUACAGCGCAGGCUGCAGCUGCUGCUCAAGCUGCUGCAGUUGCAGGAAAUAUCCCUGGGCCAGGAUCUGUAGGGGGAAUCGCUCCAGCCAUCAGUUUGUCAGCUGCUGCUGGAAUUGGCGUGGAUGACCUUCGCCGCUUGUGCAUCCUCAGGAUGAGUUUUGUCAAAGGGUGGGGGCCGGAUUACCCAAGACAGAGCAUUAAGGAGACACCAUGUUGGAUUGAAAUUCACCUGCAUCGUGCCCUCCAGCUCCUAGAUGAAGUGCUUCAUACCAUGCCGAUUGCAGAUCCCCAGCCACUAGACUGAGACGUUGCUGCUGUUAGCUGUUAUAGAGUGAGGAAGGUGGAUUGUAAAAUACAAUUUUGUUUUAUUACUGGAAGAUAUAUUUUACUUCCAUUCUGCUUAAUCUUUAACCAGGUUUUAAAGAGAAAAUGUCUUUGCCACCUUGCUCUCAGCAGAAAGAAUCUGAACCUGCCAUAAUUCUGAAUAGUUUCACACCUUCAGGCUUGUGUUGUAGUUGCGGGAAGCUGACAUCAAACAGCAAACGUUUGAUUGCAGUCUCGGUGUGAUCACUGCUAUACCUAUUCCUUGGAAAUUUCACUUGGCUUGAUCGAGCUCCCCAAGAUUCUCAGUGAAGCAUCGAUAAUGCCACCUGUGCAUUUUGGGGCCUGGAGUUGGGCCUUCAUUCAUGCAGUUAUUCAGCUUGCCCUUAGUUGGAUCCACUCUAAAUGAGCAAAAUCAUGUUGAUUAUUCUAAAGGGAUGGAUUCUGGUGCUCUGUUCUGCUACGGCACUGGGCACAUCUCAUAGCAAGACUUUGUAUGUGAAAUAUUUAUGUACACACAAUCUUUUAAAAUACACUAAAAUGGAUGGGCUUCAAAGCUGGUACAGUAGGGCCCCACUUCACGGCGCUUCACUUCACGGCGUUCCGCUAAUGCGGCGGCUUUCAUUCCCCGUUUUAAAGCUGAUUUUGCGUCAUUUUUGCGCAAUGCGCCCCAUUAUACUCUAUGGGGUUCCGCUUUACGGCGAUUUCCACUUUAUGGCGGGGGUCCGGAACGUAACCUGCCGUAUAAGCAGGGCCCGCCUGUACUAAAUGUCAAUGCAACAUAAAAUAUUCAACAAGGAGAACUGCCAGCUAAAUUGUGUAACUAAUGUAUAAUGAUACAUAUUUUCAUUACUAUCCCCGACUGAUUUCAGCUACAGUGAAAAGCCUGUAAAACGUGGACAGUUGAGAUAGCAUUAAUAUGUGUUUUACUGCACUUGGAAUGCCAUCUUAAACCUCAUAAUCAUGUUUAUGGUUGCAUCACUGAGAAUCCAGAUUUUGUAUUUUUCAACAUUUCUACUCAGGGUAAGAUGGCAAACUUGUUUUUAUACCUCUUGGUUAUUUUAAGCUCUUUAUCCCAUCAAUGAUCUAUCUAUUUGCAUUGACUUUGUAUAGAGAAUUUCAGGUAGAAAUUGCAAAUGUAUUGGCUGUAUGACAGAUGCAAUAUUAUGCUUUCUCUAGUUAAUAAACUAUUGGAAAAAUUCU